UCGAAAUCCACCAUCGAGCAGCUAUAUAGAUGCUAGAAGUAGUGUAAAUGUGAAGACAAGUAGGAAUCUGAAGCCAUAAAUUGCCAACACUAGCAGAUGACAUUAGCAUUGUCCCAAUUCUCCCCUCUAAAGUAUAUGCAAAACUGGGUGGGAACACAAGACAUGGCGUAGUGCUGAGUUCAUAAACACCACUUCCAACUUCAAUCAAUCACACCCCUCUCUUUCUUUCUUUCUCCUUAUUUAAGCUCAACAACUUCUCCCUCUCCCACAAAACUAUUCUCUACCAUGACCUUCCUCACGGAGGAUCAGGAUCAAUGGCUGAGUUUAGGCCUGAAAGGAGACAUGACUGUGGAGGCAGCAGCAGAAGAACAAAAGUCGUCAAAGGCUGAGCAGAACAAGGUAUUCUCAUGCAACUUCUGCAUGAGAAAGUUUUACAGCUCACAAGCUUUGGGGGGUCACCAGAAUGCACACAAGAGGGAGAGAGAAGCAGCAAGAAGCUACCAGUCUCAUAGGAUGAUGACAGCAAGAUCACCAAUGGGGUUUGCUUAUACUUCUCUGGCAUCUAGGUCACUCGGAAUACAGCCUCACUCCCUUGUGCACAAACCAGGCAGAGAAAGGUCUGCUAUGGUCGCUAGAUUCAGUGAUGCCAACAUUAAUGGCGCUGGAGUGGCAUCCUGGACACCCUUUCUGCUCGAACAGGCCGUGGAUUUCUAUUGGCCAGGUAGCUUUCGGCCGGACUUGCCAAAACAAGAAUCAGAUGUUAAUAAUAAGAUUGACUUAGAUCUUCGCCUCUGAUUCAACAUCACACCCUACUACUGUUUUCUUCUUCAUUUCCCAAAAUAAGCUCUCAUGGCUACUAUCCUAAUUCACUGCUUUAAUUGGUUUCGCAAGAGAAACAACCAUCUCCAUGUAAUGUCUAUCACAACAACUCAAUGCUAAGUGUGUUUCUUUUCCUUUUUUAAAUUAAAAUG